GGUGGUGCAGGUUGGACCGGUUCUUCAGAAACCUGCGUCCCUCAGGUGAGCUCUUCUUCUUCUGUGGUUUGAUGUGUUUCAGCUUCACUGUGGCUCCUGGAUCUGAGUGCUCUGAUACUAGUCAGUUUAUAUCUGGACUAGAGUCCUGUAGUCUGGGGUCUGACUGGGUUUCAGGGUCAGAUCUGCAGGAUGAUCGUGGUCCGACAGCCCGGAGUAGACGACGCAGCUGAGUGGGCGACCGGAGUGUGUGACUGCUGCCAGGACAUGAGAGAGUGCUGCCGGUGGUUCUGGUGCUGCCCCUGCUCGGCCUGCAGACUCUCCCAGCAGCUGGGUCAGUGUCUCUGUCUCCCCCUGCUGGACGUCUGCGGCUGCAUCCGACCAAUCACCUUCUCCAUGCGGGUCCACGUGAGGCAGCGCUACGGCAUCAGGGUGAGGACAAAAAGACUCCUCUUUAUUUCUCUCCAUCGCUCCUCCGUAGACAGCUGGAGGAUGUUUCUGCGUUGGUCCCUGGAGGCAGCAUCCCCCUGGUCCAACGGGAUUCCUGCACGUGAUUUUGGAUUAGAAUCUCUGAGUCAAACAGACCUUUCUGAUAUUUACACACCACCGCUGAGCUAAAGGCGUUUGGUCUUGUCUUAUUUUUAUUAUUUAGAGUUUAUUAGAUGAACUGUCUGCUCUGUGGUGCGUUCAGGGAACCAUGUGCAGGGACUGCCUCUGCUCCACCUUCUGCGUCCCCUGUGUUUGGUGUCAGAUGUCUCGAGAGGUGACGGACCGGAAGCUGCCGACCGGGCUGGGUGACCUCAUCAGCCGCUGAUGAUGUCAUCGCCCAUCGCUGUGACAUCACUGUGAGAGCUGCGCUGUCAUUGGUUGCUUCACUAAUAAUGUGACUUCUAAUUGUGUGUUCUUGUAUGAAUUAUCUUCUUUAAUUGUAUUUUGUUUCCUAUCAAACGUGUCUUUUGGGUGACCUCAUCGGCCGCUUAUGACAUCACUGUAAACGCUGUACAGUGAUUGGCUAGUUUACUAAUAACCAAUACUUCAAUUAUGUGUGUUGCUAUCUGAUUUAGAUAUAUUUUAUCUCAAAUGUGUGUAUUUUAUAUUUAUCUUGUUUUCGUUGUGUACUUUUUAGAUUUUGUAAUUCAUAAUUGUUUUUUAGUAUUUUUGUCAUUUUUUAAAAUUAUAAACUACGGCGUAAAUGUUUGAAAAAAAUAACCUGGAUAUUUAUUCCUGAAAUGUCUUAUUAUUGAUAUUUAUCAGGAAUAAAUAGUAUAAUUUA